AUCUAAAAUGGUAGUACUAUUUGAUUGUCCAUUUCCAAUUUUCAUGUUGAGUGAUGAAUCACACAAACACAAACACAAACAAAGCCACACCACAUGACACACACAAAACAACACUCUCUCUAAUUCCUACUACUUUCCAUUUUCUUCUAUUCUCUCUCUCUCUCUCUCUCUCUCUCUCUCUCUCUCUCUCUCUCUCUCUCAUUAUAUAUCUGUUUUCUCCAAACUCCAUGAUUGCAUCUCACCGAAUAAUCAUUCCACCGCCGUCGAUCCUCAAACUCCGGUAACCGGAAAAUAACUUCCUCACCGUGUUUCCCUCCAAAUCCCGCCAUGGGAAGCCUCAACAACAACAGCAUCGAUACUGUUAACGCUGCUGCCACCGCCAUCGUCACCGCCGAAUCCAGAGUCCAACCUACCACCGCACCGAAGAAACGAUGGGGAAGCUGCUUUAGCCUGCCGUCUUGCUUUGGAUCUCAUAAUAAAACCAGCAAGCGAAUAGGUCAUGCUGUCCUUGUUCCUGAACCUGUUGCACCGACAGUUCCAGUUGCUAACGCCGCACCGAAUCCUUCACCUACCAUUGUAAUGCCUUUCAUCGCUCCUCCGUCUUCUCCUGCAUCGUUUCUCCAAUCUGAUCCACCGUCUUCAACUCACUCACCAGCGGCUGGAUUACUUUCACUCAGUUCUCUCUCUGUCAAUGCUUACUCUACUUGUGGCCCUGCAUCGAUUUUUACCAUAGGUCCAUAUGCUUAUGAGACGCAGUUAGUUUCACCCCCAGUAUUUUCCAACUUCACGACUGAACCGUCAACUGCUAAUUUUACUCCUCCACCUGAAUCUGUACAGAUGACAACACCGUCGUCUCCUGAGGUUCCAUUUGCUCAAUUGUUGGCAUCUUCGCUGGCUCUUAAAGGUAACGGGACACACAAGUUUGCAUUAUACAAUUACGAGUUUCAGCCUUAUCAACAAUAUCCUGGAAGCCCCGGUGCUCAACUUGUAUCACCUGGAUCAGUUAUUUCAACUUCUGGAACCUCCUCGCCUUUCCCUGAUAGACGCUCAUCACUUGAAUUCCAAAAAGGGGAAGCACCAAAGAUCUUGGGUUUCGAACACUUCUCCACUCGAAGAUGGAGUGGUUCAAGGAUGGGAUCCGGAUCGUUGACACCAGAAGGUGCAGGGCAUGGUUCAAGACUAGGUUCGGGAUCUUUGACACCCGACUGUGCUUCACAUGCAUCACGAUUGGGUUCUGGCUGUGCAACACCAGAUGGUCUAGGGCAGGAAUCCAGAUUAGGUUCAGGCACUUUGACUCCUGAUGGCGCUGGUCCAACUACUCGAGAAACCUUCAAUGUUCUAAACCAGAUUCCUGAGGGUGUAUUUGUUGCAAACUCGGAUCACGGAUAUCAGAGUAAUCCAACAUUAGUUGAUCACAGAGUUUCGUUUGAAUUAACUGGCGAAGAUGUUGCACGAUGUCUCGCAAAUAAAACAGGAGCAUUACUUCGAAAUAUGUCUAGUUCUUCUCAGGGUAUACUGGCCAAAGACCCUAUUGACAGAGAAAAGAUACUAAAAGACACCAAUACUUGUUGCGAUGUUUGUUCAGGGAAAACAAUAGAAGGCGAGCAGUGCUGUCAGAAGCGUAACUCUGUUAGUUCUUCCAAAGAAUUCAAUUUCGACAGCAGAAAAGGCGAUGUUUCUGGAACAUCUUCGAAUGGCUCUGUGUGGUGGACUAACAAAAAAGGUGGUAGAUCGGGCAAUAGUUGGGCGUUCUUCCCAAUGUUACAACCAGAUAUCAGCUAAGGAUUUUGUUUAUUUGCAACAUGACUUAACAACCUCUUAUGGUUUGAAACAAAAGAAUUUUUCAUUUUUCUCUGCAGAAUAUUUUGCAUAUAAUGCAUAACUGAAGACAUUAUUUUCAAUGGUAUAUGGAUAUAUAUAGUCUCUUAGGGGAGCAUAGUUUGUAGGUAGGGACAUAUAUAAUGGAUUUAAAAUUCUAUGGAACAAUUAAUCCUUGCAUUUCAUUUCAUCAUUUUUAGUAUACAGAAAUAGGAAAGUACAGGUAUUUCUUGUUGUGUAUUUUUGUAUCAUUUCAUGUGUAAUAAUAAUAAAAAUAAUAUCUUUUUUCUUUGA